CUAUUACCUAUUCUUUACCUUCACACUUAAAACGUAGUUGAGCAAAUCCUCUAUUUUUUUCCCUAUUAUUGUUCAGUCAGCCAAGGUCAUUUAACAUUUAACACUUAGUAAAAUCUUUAUCGUCAUUCUAAACGUACGGAUUCAUAAAAACCCAGAAAAAUUCACACUUCAAUUAAGCAGUGGAGCGAAUCCCCUGUUCUUCCUCUGUUUCUGUUCUGUUCUGUUCUGUUUUUCUUCUUGUGUUUCCCCGCAAAUCCCCUGUUCUUCCUCUGUUUCUCUUAUUAUAGUACUUGUUCAAAAACAACAGCAUGGCCUCAACCGCCGUUCUCUGUCAAGGGCUGCAAUCUUGCAUGGAGCCACAACUACCUGAAAAACAUGUCCUAAUAAACAAACUGUCCCCUCCCACGUUAAUCUUUUCCCAGUCUAAGUUUAAUAUGUUUUCGCAAGAAACAGAAGCAAAAGGAGUAGAACCGAAUGAAGAGAUUUGUGUUCGUUCCAAUGACUUGCAAACCCAGAUUUGUGGAUGGAGUUUCUUACAAUCUCUAGAUAACGCAAAAAGAGAAAAUGCAGAAAAUGAAGUCUAUAUUCACCCUUUAAUGAACCGCUCUUCUUCCACCCUUAGCCCUAAAAGCUUGGAAAUGUGCACAGAGAACUUAGGAAGCGAAACAGGCAGUGAUAUUAGCGAAGGCAUAGAGGAAAACUCUUCUUUCUUGUCAGAAAAAGAGAAUUCUCGUGAUGUUCAACGAUCAAAACGUCGAGAAAUUGUUAAAAAACAUAACCGGAUAGCUAGUUUUCCUCCCCCUCUAACUUCACUAAAUGGUGUUCAAGUCAGGCCUCAACGCGGAGGCGGCCGCUUAAUUUUGAAAGCCACAACCAUCACUUCAUGCAAAUCUUGCUUCCAAACAGAACGCGCAGAUGGCAGGCUUACACUUUCUUUGAUGAAUGAUGGUAUUAACACUCAUAUUCCUGAUAGUUAUGAGCAAGCUGAAAAAGAAGCUGAAGCCCAAGUCAAUGAACAUGAAAAUGUAGGAAGUGAAAAAGGGGUAGGAGAGUACGUAAGGCCAAGAAAAUGCAAGGAAAGUGGGAGUAGGAUCAAACGGAUUCCAAGUUGGGAGCCAUUUUGGGUGGCCAUUUCCUAAAUCCUACUAAUAAGCUUUGUAUUGGAGCUUUGUCUUCCCCAUUAUCGUUGCUACUAGUCUAUUUAAGCUUUUAUUUUGUUUUCCUGUCGUGAUUUUCUAAAGGUAGUUAUUAUGGUUGUCCAUAUGGCAGUUUAAUUUGGACCAUCUCGAACGCCAAUCAAGGUUAUUUGAUACUAGUAUAUUGUCCAAUCCGUUUGUGGUUGCGCAACUUAAUAUGCAUUAACUUUGGCCCGAA